AUGAACCCUUGGUCUGACCCUGUAGAGGGUCUAUACUAUGAAAACUCUUCUGCUGCAGUACCCACUGCUGCUACUUUACCUUCAAGAACUCAACCUUCAAGAACUCAACCUUCAAAAUCUCAACCUUCAAGAACUCUACCUCUGCGAUCUACCACCUCUGCUCUUCACUCAUCCGAUGAAUCGGAUGAGGACGUGUCUGUUGGAACACCAUCUCCUCCAUUACGGAAAUGUCACUACUCAGCUGCCGAUUUCCUUCACGACAUUGCACCAACAACCCCCAACGAUAGCACCACAAUGCCAGCACGAAGUCAGACCACCAAGAUCAAGACAGACAAGUCCAAGAAGAAGACCAAAGAUCAGAGUGUGGGGUCGCCUGAGCCCCCAAGAACAGAUCUGGAAUCGCUUGAGCCUCCAACGACAGGUCUGGAGUCACUUGAGUCUCCAAGAACAGCAAGGAUAACGAGAGAGAGAAAGAAUGGACCCGCUGGCGACGAUGGCAGCCAGAAAAUAUUAAAGAAUAAAAGUAGAGAUAAGAAGAGAAACAAGAGAGAAGAAAAGGCCUCAAUAAGGAGUAAAAAGAGAAAUGAGAACAAGAGCGGGAAAGAGAUAAGAGACGAACACAACAACAAGCGUCGUGAUGGAGGUGGCAAGAACGAAGAGAACAAGUCAGAGAUGACAACAAAUGAAAACAAGACAAAAACAAAACAACUAAGAGGAAGAGGCGAAAAGACGCCUACAACAAAAAUCGGAAAGAAUGACCUUAAUAAAGACAGCGACAAGAACAAUGGACAAACUGGGCCUAGCAGCAAGAGAACACGGAAAUCAGAAGGAAAAGAGACGAAUUCAAACGAGAAAGACAACCGAAAAGGUGAAAUAAAAAGGGAAAGAAUAAAAGGAAUAGACAACAACACAAGAAACAAGACAAUAACAACCAAUAACAAAAACAAAAUAAAGGAGAUAGAUAAAGUGCAAAGAAUUUGGAAAAAGGACAAAGAAAUUGGCAAACUCGAACGAGAGAAAAAGAUAAAAAAUUACAUGAAGAACAAGAGAGGCGGAGGAGAAAAUAAAAACCAGAGAGAAAAGAACAACAAUAAACACAUGAAGAACAAAAAUAUACCUGAACCGAGUAGGAGAAAAGUAAAGGAAAUUAAGAAAAAGAACCAAAAACCAGAGAGAAAAAUAAAUUCAUCCUCGAGGAAGAAAACGAAAACAAACUCGAGGGAGAGCAAGAUAAAUGAGAAGAAAAAAAUACUUAACGGAAAUAAAAUAAAUAAGGAUAAUACAAAAAAUACAGUGAAUAAAAGGAAAAAGAUGAGUAAUACAAAAAAGAGUAGGAGCCACAUGACUGGAGCCUCCAGGGAGAGUAAGAAGGACAGAGACCACAAGACUGGAACCUCCAGAAAGACUAAGAAGGACAGAGACCACAAGACUGGAGCCUCCAGGGAGAGUAAGAAGAACAGAGACCACAAGACUGGAUCCUCCAGGAAGAGUAAGAAGGGCAGAGACCACAAGACUGGAGCCUCCAGGAAAACCUCCAGGAAGAGUAAGAAGGAGAGAGACCACAAGACUGAAGCCUCCAAAAAGAGUAAGAAGGACAGAGACCACAAGACUGGAGCCUCCAGUAAGAGAAAGAACGAAAGAGGCAACACGACUGGAGCCUCCUUGAAGAGUGACAAGAACAGAGGCCACAAGACUGGAGCCUCCAGGAAGAGUAAGAAGAGCAAAGGCAACAAAACUGGAGCCUCUAAGAAGAGUAAGAAGAGCAAAGGCCACAAGACUGGAGCCUCUAAGAAGAGUAAGAAGAGCAAAGGCCAAAAGACUGGAGCCUCCAGGAAGAGUAAGAAGGUCUUAGACCACAAGACUGGAGCCUUCGGGAAGAGUAACAAGGACAGAGAUCACAAGACUGGAGCCUCCAGGAAGAGUAAGAAGGAAAGAGACCAGAAGACUGGAGCCUCCAGGGAGAGUAAGAAGGAAAGAGACCACAAGACUGGAGCCUCCAGGGAGAGUAAGAAGGAAAGAGGCCACAAGACUGGAGCCUCCAAGGAGAAUAAGAAAGACAGAGGCCACGAGACUGGAGCCUCCAGGAAGAGUAAGAAGAGCAAAAGCCACAAGACUGGAGCCUCUAAGAAGAGUAAGAAGAGCAAAAACCACAAGACUGGAGCCUCUAAGAAGAGUAAGAAGGACAGAGGUCACAAGACUGGAGCCUCCGGAAAAAGUAAGAAGAGCAAAGGCCACAAGACUGGAACCUCCAGGAAGAAUUGCAAAACCAAGAGCAAGUGCAAGAAGCGUGGAGGGUCCUGCAAGACGUUGUGUUCGGUGGGUGAGAGCGUUUAUAAGACUGGCUGUAAAGGACGGAAGUGCAAGUGUUGUGUGGCGGGUGAUGGAGCGGAAACUACCAUGCCUUACGGCCAAUAA